AUGAUGCACAAUGGGGUAGUAACCGAGGCCAAGAGCGACGCUUUCCGUGCGUCGCUAAAGCUAGCAUGGCGAAAGGGGCUGUUGCCCGCGUGGUGGUCGCCCGACGACACCGAGAAGCUCAUUCAGUUCGCGCUGGCUGAUGAGGCCUGGAAGGGGGGUUGUUCAUGCAUGCCCCACUGA